GUGUCGGUACCUCCGGUCGCUGACGAUGGCAGUACCCGCGGCGAGGGGUAUAAGGGCAGCGAAUGACGGCCAGGACGACCUGCCUCCAACACGGACGACGACUGGACGAAGCAGAAGACGAACGAACGACGAUCCUUCUCGAUCACCAGGUCCCUCGCACGCGCAUACCGGUUACCCACUGCCCCGCAUCGCCGCGCUUUUGACUUGCUUCGCACCUCCAUCAUCUACCAGUAAACCUUCACCAUGCCCACCAGCAAGACCAUCGUGCUCAACGAGCGACCGGCGAAGGACAUCGACCCGCAGCGGACGUUCAGGCAGGAGACGCGGACUGUGGGCGAGCCAGGGAAGGGGGAGGUUCUGGUGAAGGUCACUUGGCUCUCGCUUGACCCCGCUAUGCGCGGCUGGCUCAACAAUACGCGCAGCUAUCUGCCCCCUGUCCAAAUUGGCGAGACUAUGCGCUCCGGAGGCCUCGGUGUCAUUGUCAAGGCAGGCGAGGGUGUCAAGCUCGCGGUCGGUGACGCCGUUCAGUGCUCGCCAGGCUGGACCGAGUACGCCAUCUUGAAGGCGGACACAUGCACCAAGAUCGAGCUCCCCAAGGGCGCGCAGGUCCUCGACUACCUCAACACGCUCGGCAUGCCUGGGAUGACCGCGUACUUUGGCCUCAAAGACGUCGGCAAACUCAAGGCUGGCGAGAAGCUCCUCGUCUCGGGCGCCGCAGGUGCCGUCGGCUCGCUCGUAUGCCAGCUCGGCACGAGCAUGGGCGCGGAGGUGUACGCCAUUGCUGGCGCGGACGACAAGUGCAAGUGGUUGGAGGGCGAGUUGGGGGUGAAGAAGGCGAUCAACUACAAGGCGGCAAACUUCAAGGAGCAGUUGAGAAGUAUCGGGUACAUUGAUGUGUACUUUGACAAUGUUGGAGGCGAGAUCCUCGACAUGGUCCUCCUGCAGCUGAACCUGCACGCACGAAUUGCCUUCUGUGGCGCGAUCUCUGGCUAUAACGACAAACCCCGCCCGCUCCAAAACUACCUCACCCUCAUCGCCAUGCGCGCGAAGCUCGAGGGCUUCAUCGUUUUCGACUACGCCAAGCAGUUCGCCGCCGCGCGCGCGGAGCUCGCCGAGGGGCUCGCGUCGGGGAAGAUCAAGCGCAAGUUCCACGUUGUGGAGGGGCUGGAGAAGUGCCCGGAGGCGGUGACGAUGCUGUUUAGUGGGGGGAAUACGGGGAAGUUGGUGGUGAAGGUGGCGGAUGAGGCUACGGCGAAGCUGUAACUUGGGUUGACCACUCAAAUGUAAGUCAUAUAGGUCCGGAGGUUCGACAUAUGUAUUUGUACUCGAUGGGCACAGGACUUUGCAUGAAAUCCUCGGGCUUGACGGAAGCGUGUACGGCGACUUGCAGAGCUUUGACCCGGAUGGCGUUGUGCUCGUUCACUUGAGCAGCAUGACAUCCAAGAAGUCACCAUCUAAUGAUACAGGGGACCCUACUAUUACACUGAGAACAGGAUAGAACAGAACAAAACAAACAGAACGAAACGAAGCAUGCAUAACCGUACCAGCGGCGUCCAGAUCGUAACAACCGCUACCGGAGCGGCGAAUCGUUCAUUCGUAAGCGGGCGGUUGCUGCUGCUGACGUGCCCCGUGCCCGCGCGGGUGCUUGGUCGUU